CCUGGGUUCUUGCAUUGUGCAGUUGUUUUGACACACAGCGAGUCUGAAGAUCAGCCUGAAACCUUCAGCGAGCUCGGAGCAAAACAUUAAACAGCUCGGAAAGUGCUGAAAUAUCUGCUUCUCUCAGACUGCAGGCAUGCCAUCCGACAGACCUUUUAAACAGCGGAGGACAUUCGCUGAUCGCUGCAAGGAAGUGCAGCAGAUACGAGAGCAGCAUCCUAAUAAAAUUCCGGUUAUCAUUGAAAGGUAUAAGGGAGAAAAGCAGCUUCCUGUUUUGGACAAGACCAAGUUUCUAGUGCCUGAUCAUGUCAACAUGAGUGAACUGGUGAAGAUCAUCAGGCGUCGACUGCAGCUGAACCCCACUCAGGCCUUCUUCCUCUUGAUCAACCAGCACAGCAUGGUCAGUGUGUCCACCCCUAUCUCCGAGAUCUAUGAGCAGGAGCGUGAUGAAGAUGGCUUCCUGUACAUGGUCUAUGCCUCCCAGGAGACAUUUGGCUGCUAAGUUCUCCACUGGCCUCGUGUGAUGGAGAAAGCCAAAAGAAGCCAGGAGAAAGAAAGCAGGUUUCAGCUAACCGUAGCCCUGUGAUCUCUCUGUUUCUCUCUGUAAGACGUACCUUUCUCCUGCCAUCAUUACGUUAACACCACGUUCAUUGUGUCUCAUUAUGACACGAGUGUGCAUAUGACAGCACUACUGUACCUGUUAGUUUGCCCGUUUAACCUUUUUAUCAACUUGACUCUCUUAUUCCACUUAGUAAUAUUAGCCUGUGUGUGUAAGGAGCUGUUGCGCUCUGGCCCUGUUUGUGCUUCAGUUGAUUCUAUGUUCUUUGAUUUUAUUGCUUUUAUUAGGGCCAGUGUCUAAAAUAAUUAGUAACACGUUUCAUGUCAAUGUAAGUAGGCGAGUGUCUGUUGUAUUCUUUUUUUUUUUUCUUUUUUAAAGAUUUGUCUGUAGUUUUCCAGUAGUUUAGGUGAUCCAUUUUCCUGCUUGCUUGUAGUGAUCAGCAAAUCAGUGCUGGAGUGAGAUUUUAAGAUAUUUCUUCAAAAGCAAAAAUAAAAUCUUAGUAAACUCCUAUAAAAUUUUAUGUAUUAGCUUUUAAAGUAGGGCCUCAGUGUAUGUACAGGCCCUCCAAAUAAGGCUCCAAACCAAUCUUCAGAACUUGUAAUACUUAUUCUCUUGUACCCUGCCCCAUGUUCCCUUCCCUUUCAGUGAAAUUGCCGUACCUCUGUUCAAUUCAGAAUUAAAGUCAAUAUAGGAGAAUUGAGCUAGGAAAGAGAAAACAGGAAGCAGCUGAGCUGGCUAAUGCUGCUUAUGGUUUCAUUAAUGCUAAAUAUGGGUUGGAGUAGUUUUUUUAGUCCUUAAUGUCCCCAGGUUUAAAAUGUGGCGUGUGACUGUGGCCUGGAGCGCAUAUGAAACAGCAGCCUGUACUGUUAGCUUGUGGACCUAAAAAAAAAAAACAAAAA